UCUCCAAUUUGCUUCCUUUACUUUAUUCUAACUCUAAUUUGCUUUCUUUACUUUAUACUAAUUUUAUAUCACAUUAUCAGCACGAGACUCUACCAAUCCAAGCAAAUACAGGUAAUAAAGGUUAAUAUUUUAUUUUCUUAAAUUAUGGCUAAUAUUUCUUAACGCGAUUUUAGUGUCCUAGACAUAUCUGGUAAACUUAUAUGUCCUAGGCACUAGACAUAGAAAUACAUCUAAAUACAAUGGAUCUGGCAGACACCAUUAAAAAGGAUAAUAAGGCAUGUGAACAAGAUAAGGCCAAGGCCAUGAUAUUUCUUCAUCAUCAUCUUAAUGAAGGGUUAAAAAUGGAGUACCUCACGAUCAAAGAUUUCUUCAUAUUGUGGAACAAUUUAAAGGAAAGAUAUGACCACCUAAAGAUGGUCAUACUCACACAAGCUCGUACUGAAUGAACCUAUUUGAGGUUCCAGGACUUUAAAAAUGUAACUGAAUAUAAUUCUGCGAUAUUUAGAAUUAAAUCGCAGUAUGACUUAUGUGGGAAAAAAAUCACAGAUCACGACAUGAUAGAGAAAACUCUUUCUACUUUUCACUCCUCGAAUAUGGUCCUGCAGCAGCAGUACCGAGAAAUGGGUUUCAAAACAUAUUCUGAAUUAAUCGGUCAUCUUCUUGUUGCUAAACAAUAUAAUGAUCUUUUAAUUAAAAAUAAUGAAACUCGACCUCCUGGUACUGCUCCAUUCUCAGAGGUGAAUGCUGCAAAUUUUCACCCGACUUGGCGUGAAAGAAAUCCUGACCUCAGUCGUGGUCGAGGUCGAGGUCGAGGUCGUGAUCGUGGCGGGUAUUUCAAUCAGGGUAAUCGUCUUGCAAUAAAUAAUAACCUCAGCACCAGCAGUGCAAAAAGAGGGGUAAAGCUCCUGAAGCAGCGCCAAGGACGAACCUUGAAAGUAGAUGUUAUUGAUGUGGAGGAAAGGGACACUGGGAGUGUGGCUGUCGUACGCCUAAGCAUUUGGUAAAACUAUAUCAGGCAUCCCUUAAAAGGACAGAAAAUGAUGCUGAAAUAAACUUCCUCCUAGAAGAUAAUAUUGAGCCCAUGGACUUGGAUGUUUCAGAUUUCAUUCCUGAAGAACAAAUAAAUUACCCUGUCGGUGACAAUAAUGAUAUAAUCCGUUUAUGUUAAUUUUCUGUUAAGUUUGUAUUAAU